AUGAAAGCUCGGUGUCCUACCCCCCCUGCUCGCCAGCUGUCUGCAACCCCCGCCCCGUCUUCGUCCGAGGGGCCCAGAGCAAGCGACUGUAUGGCGACGCCACUAGUCCCACUUCCCAAAUUCAGCGGCAUCCCCGUUCUUGACGGGUUCAAGACCACGAAUUAUGUCGAAACACUCGAGGCACUUCCCAGGAUUCAGGGUCUCCAUGCCAUUCGCUUGCUGACCGUUCUCCCCGGUGCCUUCGCCGACGAGUUGCAAUGCACGUUGGAGCGGUACUUUAUAGACAGGUCCGGCGAGUUUGAGACUCUUUCAUACACGUGGAAGGGUGCAAGCUUCACCCAACCGCUGGUGGUGAAUGACGACCGGUUCCUCGUGACGUCUAAUGUCGAAAUUGCGCUGAAGCAUCUGAGAUACCCUGAUAGGGCGAGAACUGUCUGGAUCGAUUCCAUCUGUAUCGACCAGCGGAAUGUCAUUGAGAAGAAUGCACAGGUCAGGUUGAUGGGGAACAUCUACAAACAAGGCACACGGGUUGUCGCUUGGAUCGGCAUGGAGAACGAGGAGGAGGACGGCAUCGGCACACAGGCUCUCGAUGUCGCCGGUGCCUUUGCCCUGGCUCUGGAGAUCGGCAAGGAGGGGUCGGCCAAGUACCCGGACAUCAUCAAGCGGCACUCCGAGUACGCACUCUUCUCGUUGACGAAACUCAGUGACCGGUCCUACUUUCGUCGCCAGUGGGUCAUCCAGGAGAUAUCUCUUUCUCGAGAGAUCACCGUCAAGUGUGCCACCCACGAGAUUGACUGGAACUCGCUCUCCGAGGCGGCCGAGGGGAUGCGGUGUUUUGGACAAGACCCGCGAGCGAACCUCUUGUUCGGCGGGACCCGUCGGAUCUGGGACCUCUUUGGCAUCCGUGCCAUGGAGUUUUGCCGUGAAAAGUCGGUUGCCGGCGACUUUUCCAACGAUUUGCUCGAACUCUUGCAGACCACCAGGGGCCGAGAAGCCACUGAUCCCCGCGAUAUGGUGUACUCGCUCAUGGGCAUUUGCGGCAAGGACAGCAUGCCCGUCGAUGUCGACUACCGCAAACAUGUCGUGCGACUGUACAAGGAAAUCGCCAAAGACUCCAUAUUGCAAUCCCUGAACCUCAACUUUCUCCGCAUGUGCGAUCACUGGAGCAGGGACGAAGGUCUCCCGUCCUGGACGGUCAACUGGACACACAUUUGGGCCGGACAGUGGAUGAACCGCUCCCUCGACUUUCUUCCCCGGCCCCCUGCUAAAGCGCGUCUCGAUCCCAACUCUGACGAUCUCGCCUUCUCCGAUGAUCUUAACCUUCUGACAAUCAAAGGCCACCUUGUUGAUGUCAUCGUCCUCUGUCAGGAACACACGGACAUGCCGAAGAACCCUAAAGAUUCCAUCGGCGACGACGAGAUCUACGAGGUGCUCAAGGGCGUCUUUGCGAAGGCCGAGAAUCUCUGCGUGAGCCUGAUGCGCCCUGGUCAAACGCCCGAAGAGCGUCGACGCGAAUUCAUCGAGUCGUUCUUUUGGUGCUUCACGGGCGGCGCCAAGACGGAUUUCACCAAGGGUGACCUCGCAGACUUGCAUGACAAGAUCAUGGCUGGACAUGUGCCCGAGGAGGACCGGAAGUUUUGGAACAAGUAUACGCUGAAGCUUGUGAGGUUCCUUGCCGAUGCGCGCCUCUUCGUCACGAGGGGGGCAGUCAUCGGGUAUGCAGAGAGGGUGUGCGAUGCUCGGCCGGGGGAUCUUUUGAUUUCGUUCAAGGGUUGCACAGCCGAGUCAGUGCUCAUCAACAGGGCGGUCGGCGACAAGUUCGAGUUGAUCAGCGGGUGUUUCUUGCAUUUCACUCCAGAGGAAUCGAAGGCGCAUCAGAAGACGGUAGACGAUGUCAAUGAUGGCACCUUCAAGACGGAGAAGUACACCUUGCUCUGA